AUGGCGAUAAAUAAUUAUAUCCUGCAAAUGAAAAUGAACCGUGAGGAAAAAGUGCAAACCAAAUUGGAUUUAACUUACAAAGUAGACGAUGCGGGCUCACCAAUGAAGCUAACCGGUGCUGAGGGUCUGCCGGUAAGCCUUCUUACGAGUCUCAAAAUGCGCGCGACCUCCUAG